UAACAGUCAGCCAGGAGAUGUGCCCCUUGGCUUGGACAGCAAUGCUAUUAAACUUUUUUCUGGAGGCGACUCGAACUGGAGAGAGCUCCAGCGAUUCAAGCCUUUCACCAACGUGUUCGUCUGCGACAAGAAACAUGGCAGGAUCUUGCUUGGGAUGAAGAAGCGUGGCUUUGGGAAGGGAAUGUAUAAUGGAUUCGGAGGGAAAGUCGAGCCACAUGAGUCGCCUAUUGAAGCUGCCGCAAGAGAACUGAAGGAAGAGGCAGGCAUUACGGCGAAUAUACGGGAAUGCGGUAUCCUUCUCUUUGUAAACGCUUCUGCCGAAUACUGUCAUUACGUGCACAUGUAUCGAGCGGAUCAGUACGAAGGCGAUCCUAUAGAGACCGACGAAAUGCAACCUCACUGGUUUGCUAUUCCUCAGGAAUAUCUAGACACUGAAAAUGAUACGCCAGAUACGUCCGAGCCAUUACCUCAAAUUCCACUGGCACAAAUGUGGCCAGACGAUGAGUAUUGGAUGCCUUUGCUUCUGAAGGGGCAGUACUUUGUUGGCCGCGUGGAUUUUGGAAUAGAGAACUCAGAAGCACAGAAGGGAAGCUGGGUUAUGGAGAGAUGGUGGUUUGGGACAAAGUAUUAGAUGCCUUUUGAUUUGUCGAUCGAGCUAUCGUUUUAAUAUCAUGUCAAAGCG